AUCUCUUUCAGCAGAAGAAAGAAUCAAUCUUUUCCGCAUUUUAUAAUCAUAUCUCUGAGACCCAUUACAGGGUUUCAAGAGAAGAAUCAGAAAACAAAACACAAACAACAAAUAAAAUUUCAUCAGAAUCAAAAAUGUUACUAAGAAGUUCUUCAACGCCAGUCUUGAAAUCAUAUGGUCGCCAAUUACCACCUGAAGCGGAUCAUCACGGCCACGGAUAUGGCUUCUCUCCAACCCGACAUCAUGUAUCCAUGCCCCUUCAACGGACAGUGUCGGAGAGCGAGCUGAAGCUGUGUUCUUUCCUCGGCAAUGGCGACAAAGAGAAAAUAUUACCCGGAAGCUGUGUCAGGUCUGCAGUUAUCGUCAGGGAGAAGGAAGAGAUGAAUGUUUGCAUGAAAACAGCGUCGUCGCUUCUUUCUGAUAACGAAGUUGUUGUUUCGGACGGCGGAGGAUUUGGCGGCGGCGGUGUAAGCGGUGGUGGUGGUGGGAAUGGUGGCGGAUCUUGGGAUUUUGGGAAUGAGCAAAUGGAUAUUUAUUAUCAAGGCAUGAUUGAGACGUAUCCUGGUGAUAGUCUUCUUCUUGCUAACUAUGCUAAAUUCUUGAAAGAGGUACGAGGUGAUAUUGUGAAAGCUGAGAAGAUCUGUGAGAGAGCUAUUGUCACCAACCGAAAUGAUGGAAAUGUUCUAUCCAUGUAUGGAGAUCUUAUUUGGAAUAAUCAUAAGAAUAGUGAUCGUGCUCAGACUUAUUUUGAUCAAGCCGUUCGGUCCUCUCCUGAUGACUGUCAUGUUAUGGCCUCUUAUGCUAAAUUCCUGUGGGAAGUUCCUGAUGAAGAGGAUGAAGAAGAAAAUCAAAAGAAUGAACUCCCAUUCAGCAAAUACUCAACACCAUACAAUCUUUCGCAAGAACAUACUCAUUUUGCUGCUGCUUCUUAAAACCUGGACAUGUACAUAUAUUUGUUCUUCAACAGCACUGUGGCAGAAAAUGAUAGCUUCAAGAAUAGUUCUGUGAAAGAGAGUUUCUAUCCGUACUAUUAUUGUCGUGCUUCUAUGGUUUAUAUUGCCAUCUAAUCUUAAUAUAAAACAAAAGUUUCAAUCUUGUCUCUAA